AUGGGAGGGCAUAACGAGAAGGAGAACGAGACCAGUGCGGGCAUCAAGCAUGACGGCAAGCAGGGUCCCUCAUCGAAUCGGAGACAAAGUACGACGUUGCAGCCGUUGACACCACUUACAGUACCCCAUCGGGGUAUUGAUGACGACAGUACGAACGAUAGGGCUGGAAGGAUCUACAGUGUGACUUCUGGGAUCGUACCACAGACGUUGACGAUGACACACCCUGAUGAGGAGGCGCUUUCCGUGAGGGGAUCGCGGUCGCCCACGGUGAUGUCUGCUGAGAAUGUUGGGUCCUCCAGUGGGAUGCCCAAGUGGUCGCAGGUCGGGUUCCAAUCGAUCUUCCAGAACUCGGGCCAGCGACGGUCGACCAACAAUCUGCGGUCGCGGGAGUCCCUAGAGAGGAGCGCCAGCGGGAACAACUUGGUGCAGGAGAUCAGAAGCAAGAGGACGGGGGUACCGCGGAGAAGUACGGACUCCUUUGACAGGUCUGGGCAUUCAAGUGGUGGUAAUAACGACGUCUCUUCAGCCUCGAGUAUCACAAACGCACCUAGCGCUGCCAGCGUGGGCAGCGACCCUGCGGGCGUUAUAAGAAAGAGCUCUGCAUUCAGCCUCUCAACGAUCAAAGAUGAUUCGAGUUCUGCAUCGCGUAGGAGCAGCACCGGGAAGGAACGGUCCUCUCUCAACCUGUUCAAGACGAACUCUCGGAAGAGCAGUGGGAGCACUUCUCGACUCGACGGGUCGCUGUCGCUGUCUUCGCAGGGCAGUGCAUCCAAGAGCUCGCUGAGCCCGUUGCUGAAGAUGACCAAGAAGAUCUUCCACAGCAGCAAGGUGCAUCAUAUCAAGGACAUGGGCGCUGAACCGGCAGUCCCGAACUCGCUCAGUAAGUUUCUGCACUCGACCGUGACGAGACAUAGAACCCCAGUGCAAUUCAUCCACAACACUACUGGUGGGAUCAUCGAUUCGGGCAAGUCCGUGUACUCGUUCAACCCUUCCGUACUGAACACGACGAACGAUGCGCCGCUGGUGAUCACGCAGCAGGACGACGCUCUUGACGCGGCUAACAUUGCGCUUCUACACGACCUCUUGAGGAACCUGCCCUCACUAGAGGCCAACUUCAAGAACUUCAAAGUACAGGAGUUGCAGAUCCUAUGUGGGAAUAUCUGGGGGAUCUACUGCAGCGUUGUGAUCGAGUUGUUCAAGGCACAGCGCGUAUGGCAACUUCCCGCGAAGAUCGAGGACUUGAACCAUGUGCUACGUUUCUACGUCACACUGGAGACAAUGUCAAAAGUGGCCAAGCCACAUGCGAAACUCGUCGCAGAGGUGGAGGAGUUCAUCACAACGUCGCUGUACGUGUUCGAGAACCAGAUUGUGUUUAACUAUAGUAACGAGGAGACCAUCAACACGGCACUGAAGCGGCUUGGGGUCAUCUGGCAGGUAUUCUACGAGCAAGUAUAUUACGACGUCAUGGCAGUGAUGCUCCCGCUGGAGUCCCUCGCGGGCCCCGAUCGAAAGCCCUUUUCCCUGGACUACCUUUUGCUGCGAUGUUUCCGGGACUCAAUCGUGCUUCCGUACUACCAGAACUUCAUCCACAGCGAUGACGGUGUGUCCAAGAGCUUCAACACGUACAUCCUCGCGCAGGAGGAUGAGAACGGUGUUACGGAGCAAGAUAAACUGACGUUGCUGCAGUGUUUCGGGAUCCUGGGGACCAUCCAGGGCUCAGACCGACACCAGCAAGUGAUCGAGGAACUAUUGGAGGGUGUCCGAAUGAGCAUAUGA